AUGGGCGUUGAUACUUGUUAUCCAUGUGCUAAAUAUCUUCUCGUAGUUCUUAACCUCAUUUUUUGGUUAAGCGGUGCUGCAUUGAUAGUUUUUGGUGUUUUAUUCUUAUUACAUCCUGAAGUACAGCAUGUCAUUCAUCUAUUCAAUUAUAAUACAUUUCCAUUGUCAUCUAUUGAAUUAUCAGCAAUUUUUAUUAUCCUUGUUGGUAUCAUUAUCUUUCUUAUUGGAAUUUUUGGAUUGUGUGGUGCAAAAUAUGAAUCACGCACUUGUCUCAUACUUUAUAUUGUUUUGGUAACAUGUGUUCUUUUGACGGAAUUAGCCUUAUUUACAUACAUCGCCAUGUAUCAUGACCAAUGGGAAGGACUUAUAAAACAACGUCUUAUAUCACAAACGAAAAAAUAUAAUCACUUGUAUCCAAGCAAAUACGAACGAGCACUAGACUAUAUUCAAAGCAAGUAUCAUUGUUGUGGUAUUGAUUCAGCAUAUGAUUACAGUGAUUCACAUGUUCCAAUAUCUUGUUGUUCUAUGGCAGAUAAAUUAUCUUCUACAACAACUUGUUCUGUUGAUCAAGUUAGUUUACGUGGUACACUCGGAUGUUUUCGUGUAUUAACUAAAUUAACAAUACAUUGGAUGAAAUUUUUUAUUAUUGCUGAACUUGCUUUAUGUCUACUAUCGUUGAUUGGUGUAUUUCUCGCCAUUUGUGUUUGUCAAAAUGCAAUGCUUUAUGAUGGAUAUAUACAAGCUCCAUACCAUGUUUAA